AUCGAAAGGGACGCGGGCUUCACCCUUCUCACCGACGCGACGGUACCACAGGCUCAGCACGCGACAAAACAUCGGGUCCCAAGCUCUUGGUAGAUGCUCCAAGUAGCCCUCUCUAAUGAGGAUGUCUGAUACUGUCACUGUAAAGGAGACGAGUGAAAACAUGAGAGGUCUGGUGGUGGAGGACAGCAGUACCACGCCCGGGGUCGACAGCCCGCUCAAAUCAGAGAGCUGCCAACAGACAGAACCUGACAGGGACGAGAACUGCUGUGACAACAAGAAUGACAUGCAGAGGCAAAUACCUGGACAGACAGCAAAGAGGCCUAAGUCUAACGCAAAGUUAAAGUUAGUUCGGAGCCUGGCUGUUUGCGAAGAGUCUUCUCCUCCCCCUAUUACCACUGAACUACCUGGAGAACGUCAGAAUGAAAUUCAGGUCCAGCUCUCCCAGUCUUUUGACAAAGAGGAGCCACCACUCAUUAAGAAUGAAGAUGACAAAGACAGAAGUGGCGACAAACUGGAGAAAAUGCCACGCAAGAUGCUGUCAAGAGAUUCAAGUCAAGAAUACACUGACUCCACUGGCAUUGAUCUUCAUGAAUUCUUGGUAAACACAUUGAAAAACAACCCCAGGGACAGAAUGAUGCUGCUGAAGUUGGAACAGGAGAUUCUCGACUUUAUCAGUAAUAACGAGAGCCAGAGAAGAAAGUUCCCCCCCAUGACCUCCUACCACAGAAUGCUGCUGCACCGUGUCGCUGCCUACUUUGGUUUAGACCACAAUGUCGACCCAACCGGCAAAUCUGUAAUUAUCAACAAAACUAGCAAUACAAGAAUACCAGAUCAGAAAUUUUCAGAACACAUCAAAGAUGACAAAACGGAUGACUUUCAGAAGCGGUACAUCUUGAAAAGGGACAAUUCCAGCAUAGAUAAAGAUGAUAACAUGAUGCGGAUGAGGCUGAAGGAAGACAGGCGGAGUAAAUCAAUAGAGGAACGGGAAGAGGAGUAUCAGAGAGCCAGAGAGAGAAUAUUUGCACAAGAUGUAAGAUUGGCAGUUAUGUCUUUGCCAAUGGAUAGCAGGAUCCAAGAGGAUGAAGCUUGUAACAGCACACAACAGAGGCGGCAAAUAUUCAGGUUGAAAGAAGGUCGAUCAGGGAAUAGCCGUCAAAGCAGUUCAGAUAAUGAGCCAAAGUACUCAGAGCCUCGGCCCUGGAGUAGCACAGACUCCGACAGCUCCAAUCGCAACCUCAAGCCUGCCAUGACCAAGGCCAGCAGCUUCAGCGGGAUUUCGGUCCUGAUCCGUGGAGACAGCUCCGGAAGCAGCAAGAGCAUCGGCCGGCUCUCAAAGACAGGUUCUGAGUCGUCUAGUAGCGUAGGUUCGUCUACGGGUUCACUCUCUCGCCCCCUGCCGCCCCUACCUACCUUGAGUCUAACCCAGUCGGCCCACGCUGCGCCGCUGGCUUACCCUGCCAUCAGUGCUAGUAGCACUGUGUCCUACGAGGCCGGCAGGAGCGGUCCGCCGGCAUCCACGGCUAACACUAGCUACUAUUUGCUUCCGCUGGAAGCCACGGGGAUACCGCCUGGGAGUGUCCUGGUCAACCCCCACACAGGCCAGCCAUUUGUGAACGCAGACGGUAGUGCCGUGGUGUACAAUCCCACUAUUGCUCCACAGCCAGGCAGGACCCAGCAACCCCUGCCCCCUCCUCCACCCCUGCCUGGCCCUCCUCCGCACCAACCAGCCAAUCACGUCAUCUCCCAGCAAGAUAACCUGGGAGCCCAGUUCAGCCACAUGAGCUUGGUUCGACAGCCUUCUGGGGAGGCCCGCGAUGCUCACACUGCCAUGUACCCGUCCUCCGUGGUGCUCCAGGCCCCUCCGCAGCAAGGUGGCUACAUGGUGUCCUCCCCCGGGCAGCCCGUCACUGCCCAGACCUAUCCCACGCCGGCUCCUGCUCCCGUCAACCAGCCAGUCAUGCAGCAGCAGGGCUACAUGCAGCAGCCUAUGCAGCAAAUGCCAGCUUGUUAUUGUGCACCAGGCCAGUACCCUCUCUCCAACCAGCAGUAUCGGCCUGUGGGCACGGUGCAGUACAGUAGCCCGCAGAGCCAGCCCAUGCCCCCACCCCCGCCUGCCCAACAGCCAGGUUAUCAAACUGUGAUGCCAAAUCAAACCCAGAGCUACCAGACCAUGGUCCAGCAGCCACCCAGUCAAGCCCUUGUCAGUGGCCAACAUAGCAAUAUGGGAAGUCAAAUGCCAGGCAUGAUGGUCCAGUACUCUUCCAUGCCAUCUUAUCAGGUAUCCAUGCCUCAAGGUUCCCAGGGUGUGCCCCAGCAGACAUAUCAACAGCCAAUCAUCAUCCCCAACCAGUCUAACCAGGGGCCCAUGCCAGCGUCUGGCAUUCAGGUCUACUAUAGUGUUAUCCCGCCCAACCAACAGAAUACCAUGAGCUCCUCUGUGGGAUUCUUGCCCCCUCCAGGAAGCGAACAGAUGCCGUUCCCUCGGACGUCGUCCCCCUGUGGCUCCCAACAGAUUCCUGCCCAGCAGUGUUCAGGCGUGCCUCCUCCACCCCCCGGUGGUGGCAUGGUCAUGAUGCAGCUGACGUUACCUCCAGCCCAGCAACCGCGGGCACACUCGCCUCCGCAGUGGAAACACAACAAGUACUACAGUCUGGAUCAUCAAAGGAGCCAGAAAUCUACAGAGCUGUCCAGCCUUGACACCUCACAGAGCAGUCCACAGCUGGGCAGUCCGUCAACCUCCCCUGCCCAGUCGCCCACCCCCUCCCACCUGACCAAUGUGAAGAACAUCCGUCCUGGCCUAACCACAGUUCCCAUCAUGCCUCAGUUUUCCAGAUCCUUUGUCCCAGGACAAGGUGAUACACGGUACCCCCUUCUCGGACAGCCUCUCCAGUACAACCCCCCAAUCCGUCCGCCUUUACUUCAUGCUCCCCCUAUGGUCCCCAGUCAUCAGGGUCCUGCGGGAAUGCGACAUGGCAGUCGGGGCAGGAAACAGCCAAGGAAAGCGCUGUCUACAGAUCUCAGUGUGAGUGAAGCAGUAAAUGGGAGAGUCCUGGAGGUGACUGGCCUGCCGGAAGGCAUCAGUCAGAUGGAGGCUGACUCACUUGUGGGGGAGCUGUGCAGGUCCGGCGAUGUUGUCACCUGGCUGCCGGACCGUAUGCACGAGUCCCCUAGAGGGGCCCAUGAACACAGAGCCGACGGUGAACGCGCCAAACCCCCCUCUUCCGCCAUCAUCAACCGCUACCCAGCCUCCACCUGCAAAGUCCUGCUCACAUUCCCCUCCAGACAGGUGGCACGGGGGCCUCUCCGCCACGGCCGGCCCCUCGCGCCCUUCAGACUCGCCCCUAUACAAAAGACACUGCGAGCCCCCACCCCCCCAAUCUGGAGAGGGCCAGCUCCCAAUGUGAUGCCUCACUCACGUCCCCCGCACCCCACAUACACCAUACAGUCACUUCCAGCUGCCAUCACUCCCCCCUCUCUCUCUUCUCCUCACUAACUUAAGCGGCCUGAUUAGACGGGGUACACUUCCCCCCCCCCCCCUCCUCUCUCGAUCUCUUGACACUUUGGGGGUGGGAAACGUGUUGUCUUUGUCAUGUUCUAUCGAUUUGAAAAAGGAACGCAACUGAACUUACCAGCCCAUCUAAGAAAAAAAAAGAAAUUCUCUCACAAGGUUCCAAAUAUUAGACCCGUCUGCUAUCUUUUGGAUAAUUGACCGGAACAUAUCAAAGUACAGCCUGUACUCUUUCUGUUUUUCUUUACUUCUUUUGUUUCUUUUUAGGACUUUUUUUUUUUUUUUUUUUGGUUUCA